AUGGCUUGGAUAAAAGGACAUAGUGGAUCACACGGUAACGACGCUGCCGAUGAGCUUGCUAGACAGGGGUCCAAUACAAAGGUUGCCGGCCCAACUAUCCUAAUGCCGCUACCUUUUGGACAACUGCGCUCGUGGGAUCAAGCUUUGCUGCUUACCACUCUCAGGACAACUCAGCGUGCGGUAUGCGAUGAUGAAAUAGUAUCGUUAUCCUGCCCACCAGGAACAUCAAUUAAUAUUCAAGUCGCUCAGUAUGGGAAGGCAUUGUCUGCAGGCCACGGCUGUGAAGCUGUAACAAGCCCGAAUGAUGAAUUUGGGGAGAACAAUGAGUGCUCAUGGCCAACCCCUUUGCAGUAUUCACUGCUGCAAACGGUGGUGGAGGCAUGUCAAAAGAAACCGCAGUGUAAAGUCAGCACGAAGUUAAAAACGGAGGUGGUUGACCCAUGUCCGGGUGCGCGGAAGUUCGUUGAAGUCGCGUACAAGUGCCGACCAUCCGAGUUCCUGAGUCGCACGGGAUGUGAGGACGAAGUGAUCAAGUUGACCUGCAACCCUAAGUCCAGGGUCGCAAUAUUGAACGCGUACUUCGGAAGGGCUGCGAAGGAGAUACUGGCUUGCUCUCAACCAGAGGGAGAUCACGAUACGAGAUGUGCAUCUCCGCACGCCGUUGAAAAGGUGAUGCAGAUAUGUCACGGAAAACAAUGGUGUCAAAUUCUAGUGAAUAACAGAACGUUCGGAUUAUCGUGCAAGGCGAACUCGAGGAAUUAUUUUAAAGUAGUUUAUGCUUGCGUUCCCCUAGGAGUUCUUACAGAGAGAUAUGAAAGUGCUGUCGAAGAGGAUGAAGUUCAUAACAACUAUGAUGCUAGUAGGAAAACUAUGCGUUUCGAUGAAACAGAUAUCAGUGAAACUUGGAAUGACCAGAAUGCGCCAUUUGGAAAUCCAGCUUUACAGCCUUCGAUUAAUGUUGUCAAAGUACCAGUCUCCAGAAACGUUGAGGAUGUUUCAACGAGUUUUAUACGAAAUGAUGAAAAUGGCGAAAAAGAAUCCUCACUUGUAAAACGAUCAUCACCUUAUUCAUCAAAUACGAAAUUUCUCAUCUAUAUCAGUAUUGGAGUUUUAAUAACCAUCGUUAUAGCAGCAUCUUUGUUUGGAAUACGUUGUUACAAAAAUAAGAAAAGAGAUUCCAACUCUAAAAAUGGCGAUAUAUUCACUACUGAAGUGCCAAACAUUUUCAAUGAUGCAGCGUCAGACAUUGACAACGAUUGUGACGUAAGUCACAUUUCAGGAACAUUUUAUGAUCCUCUACAUCCAGAUAUGAUCAUAUAUCGAGAUGGUCAGACUAAAACAGCCUUGAGAGCUAUGAAACCCUUAUCGACGGUAUAUCCUACCGCUGGUGCAAGUAUGUACGGAAAUGUGGACUAUGGCCCAUCACAUUCAUGUGAAUCUAGAUUUGUAACCAAAGAUGUGGAUCCUGAAAUAAAGUUAAGUCCAAACUUUGGGUGGAUGUAUUGA